CAGGAAAAUGAUUUUUUCUCGUAAUUUUGCGUCUUAAUCAAUAUUUCUUAUUGAAAUUGUGUGACAAAACAGAGUAAAAGUGGCGUUUGCAACAGAUCCUCUAUCUUUUGAACGUUAUUUUCUUCAGCAAAACAAGAUGCAGACGAUCGACGAUCAACCAUACCCGUUGUUAGUGGGCACCGAGGUCUCUGCCAAAUACAAAGGAGCCUUUUGCGAGGCCAAAGUACGUAAAGUUGUACGUAACAUAAAAUGCAAAGUCGCCUACAAGCAGGGACUCGGUUCAGGUACUGUGGGCGACGACAUGAUACGGGGUCAAAUUCGCAUGGGAGCAACUGUCGAAGUCAAACAUCCCGAUCGGAAGGAAUAUGUCGAAGCAACUAUCACAAAAAUCCAAGAUAUUUCGCAAUAUACGGUUGUUUUCGAUGACGGCGAUAUUACGACGCUGCGAAGAACAGCACUUUGCUUGAAAAGCGGGCGACAUUUUAACGAAAUGACGUUAGAUGAGUUACCAUUGACGAAUCCAGAGCAUUUUGGAAAUCCCGUUGUUGGAGUUGGGCGUCGCGGAAGACGUUCGGGAAGACAUAUGCAAGACGACAGCUCGGAAGAGGAAGAUGACGAGCCUCCCGUAAAGAAAAAGGUACAAGAAAAGGAGGCAAAUAUCGGAAAAGUUAUUUGUGUUGAAAUGUCAGAGACGAAAAAGAAGUCUUCGAAGGAAAAUUGGUUCCCUGCUCUCGUUGUAGCGCCAACAGCACAAGAAACUGUCAAGAUAAAAGUUAAAGAUGAAUAUCUCGUGCGUUCUUUCAAAGAUGGGCGUUAUUAUACAGUGCCGAAAAAAGAAGCGCAAGACUUUACCCGCGAACUUGCCGCUUCAGAAAAAAAUCCUGCCGUCAUUUCUGCUCUUGAAUUCUUGGAUAAAGAUCAACUUCCGCCUCAUUGGGAUCGUGACGUGCUAUUUGGAUCAACUGACGGCUCAAGUGACACAGAUCCCGAUUACGAGAGUGACAGUUCAACGGAUGAACCUUCGGAGGAAAAAGAUCAUUUUGUCGCCCAAUUAUACAAAUUUAUGGAUGAUCGCGGAACUCCUUUGAACAAAGGUCCUUCAAUUACGAAUCGAGAUGUCGAUUUGUAUCGUUUAUUCCGCACGGUACAAAAAUUAGGCGGUUAUAACAAAGUAACGACCCAAAAUCAAUGGAAAGCAAUUGCAAUUCGUUUGGGAUUUGCACCCGCAACGGCAAGCAUCACAAAUUUGGUGAAACAAGCUUAUAAGAAAUUCUUGCAUGCCUUUGAGGAAUUCAAUCGUAAGCUUGGAUGUACGAUGAUAACAACGCCUCGAAAUCGACCAACGAAGGGAAGAAGUUUAGUAAGAGCCAGUUCUGUCGCAAGCCCGAAACCUAAAGAGGAAAAUGUGAAAGAAAAUGUCUCAAAAACGACGCCAAGUGCUUCAACAUCUGCAGCAACGAGUGUUCCGACGACGAUAAAUGUGAAGCAAGAAGAAGAAGAAGUCGCGAAUGAAAGCGGAGGAGAACAAAAAGUGAAACACAGCAGCAAAAAACUCGGAAAAGUUCGAAAUUUGGUCGAUAAAUUUGAGGAAAAGAAGGAUUUGAGUGAGAAAGAAGACGAACCUCGUCCGACAAAGGAGAAGGAAAGCGGUAAAGAUAGCGGAAAUGAAAAAGAACGCAAAAAAGAUAAACCUCCAAGUAAGAAAACUCCAUUGCCGGAUGAUAAGAGACAAAGUGUUCGAAAACGCAAAGAUAGCGAAACAUCGUUGAAAAAAGAACCCGAAGCAAUUGCUCCCGGAACAUCGAAGCCAAAUGCUAAUUCAACCUUCAAAAUCGACAUUGGCGACAAACUCAAAGUUUUCUAUCACGAACAAAAAGUCACGUACGAAGCAAAAGUGUUGGAAAUUCAAAAGCAAGACGGAGAAAAUGUCUAUUUGGUACAUUACACGGGCUGGAAUACGCGAUACGACGAAUGGGUUCGUCGAGAUCGUAUCGCCGAAAAUCUCACAAAUGCCAAACAAUCCAAAAAAGGCAACAAAUCAUCACAAAAACCAACGAAUCAAGGCACAAGUCCCGCUGCGCCGCCGCCAUCUGCGGGAAAUAAUGCUGUAGGUCCAAAAUCCGCGAAACGCAAUCGUGUCGGAUCAAAAGGCGAACGAUCAACAACUCCCUUACCGGGGUCAGGAAAGAGCCCAAUGACACCCGUUUCGCGACGUGUUGGCACACGAGGCAGUAGUGCACGACGAACAUCGAAUAAUACGGAUAUUUCGAGCAUUCAAACGGAUUCCGACACAGAUUCGGAUGAACCUAUCAAAAAAAGUGCGCAACGAAGUACUUCGUCGUCAGCAGCUUCGACAACAAAAGCAAUCGCUUCCGACAAAUCUAACGUCACAGAAUCAUCAGAUGAGUUUUCGAAUGGAACAAAGGGACGAGAUUAUGAUUUGAAUCAAAUUCGUUCAGAAUUGAAGGGAUUUAAAGAUUUGAAAAGUGGAUCUCCCGCAGCUUUGGAAAGUCUUGGGAUUACUUCAGAAGUUGUGAUUAAAGUUAAGAACGAAGAUAUCUCGAAUUUGUCAACGAAGAGCAAUUUAUCGACAGCUUCUACCUCGGCGACAAAGUUUUCGGGUGUUUCAUCCGAUUCUGAGGAAUUUGGAGACGGCGAUGAUUCACAAUCUUCAGCAAAAACAUUCGGAUCUGAUUCGUUGAAAACUCUUCAAACGAAACUCAUUGCAGAAAAAUCUUCGAACGAACAAAAAAGCUUUGGAAAACUCGAAAAAUCAAGUCCAGCUCCAUCUCCUGUCGCAAAACAAACAGAAAAGAAGGAAACCAAGACACCAUCGAAAGCUGCAAAAGCAAAACAAACUGAUAAAAAAUCCGAAAAAACUCCCGCGAAAAAUACGGAUAAAAAAUCUUCGCCAUCGCCGCAACAAUCCGCAUCGAGUAACAUUGAAAAAUCCAUCCCACGAAGCGUCAUCGAGAAAAGUACCGCAAAAACUGUCUUGGAAAAGUCAAAAUCUCCCAUUUUGGAGUUGCAAGGAAUGAAAGAUGCGAAAAAAGAAGAAACUUCGGACAUCUACGAGUUUAAAGAACCCGAACCGUUCGAAUUUGAAAGUGCAGCCAGUAGCAGAAAGCAUUUGUCAGACAUGGAAACUGAGAAAAAAACAAAGAAACGCACGAUUUCAGGCACUUCUGCGACAGAUGAGUCUCCAACGCGUGAACAAUCGAGUCCCGCAUCAAGUAAAAAAGUUAAAAAAUCUCCCAUGAAAGCGGAUUCAACGAAAGUAAAGGACGAGGAAAUCGCUUCAAGUUCGAGUUUUGCAUCAGAAAGUGUCGAAUCUGCCUUCGAUGCGUUACGAAAAUCGCCGAGCUUCAAACCGAUCGGAAAAAUGGAUGAAUACGAUGCGCCUGGAAGUCCCAAAUUGAUCAACAAAUCCGUUUUUAUGAACACAAAUUUGGAGUCUUCGCCCGAAUGCAUAUUGAAAAGUGAAAAAAUUGGCGUAUUACGAGGCUUGGGAAGUGUAAAGGACGAACAAAAGCAUAAAAUAUCAGAAUUGGAGUCUGUGAAGAAGAUUUUGACAGAUCCGAUGUACGAACCUCCCAAAGUAGAGAAACCUUGUUCGAUUGCAGACAAACUUUUGAACGUUUUAAGUCAAAAAUCGAAUGUUGAAUCGGAAUCUAAGCCUGAAAAAAAGAUUGGCGACUCUCCGUUGACUUUUAUCUCGAAGAAACCCGAAAUGCUGAAGUCGUCGUUGGCGUCAAUUGCGCAUUUAGGAGAUCCUCCGAAGAUAGAUACGAGUCAUUUCAUCCCAAUCAAGUCCUCAUCACAAGACACAAAAGUCGAUAUUUUGGAGUCAAUUUCCCCGAAGAACAAUGAAUUGAGUGAAACAAUCCAAAAAUUGGAAAGUGUCAUUCAGAAAAGUUCUGCGGCUCAAGCUGCUUCUACAACGACCCAAACUCCCCAAAAUCGAUACGAAGAAGAGUCUGACGACAGUACUGAUUCAGAACAAAGUCGUUUAGUGAUCGAAGAUGAAAGUCAAUCUUCAGAAUUUUUGCAAACUGAUGACUUGAACGACAUCAAGACGAACGUAAUAAUGAAGCAAGACAAACAUGUCAACCCGAAAUUCCUUCAAGAGUCCUUCCAAGAGUCGAAACUCAUCCAACGUCAAUACGAAAGCAGUAAUUUGGUGAAAAUUUCUGACGAGCCAACAACAAAAACUGUCGAAAAAACAACAACUGCUGAAGGAGAAACGCCCAACGAGCCAAUUUCGAUGCUUUUGUGUGAAGAAACUAUCCCCGGAAGUCCCGCUUCGAGCGGAAUUAAAGAUGCAACAGACACAAACACGAGAAAAGUUUAUGCAGAUUCAGGAUUUUUGGUUCCUGCUUCAUUGGGAGAGCGAGAUGACAUUGAUCCAAACGACUAUUCAGGCAAAAAAGGCACUCAAACAGCUGAAAAUUCGCCCCGAGGAAGUUAUAGUCAAGAUGAUAGCAAAUCUGAUAGCGAAAGAAUGACACAAGAUGAGUAUUCAGGCAAGAAACGUACGAAGAGACAACGAAAAUCAAGUGAGACAGAAACAUCUGCUAAGAAACGUCGGGGACGUACAAAUGCUGCUAACACAAGAAAUAACGCAGGCACAGAUAGCGAAGACAAUUCAGAUAUCGCUCCUCAUCGUUCAGUGCCCAUGCAAAAUAUUUCAAACACGUGUAACAUUGCAGGACGAUCUCUCAAACCAUCGCAGUACAAUUUCUUGGUUCAAUUAGAUCCCGCCCUUAGCAGUAAUCAACGUAUCUCAAUACUCCGCAAAAAAAUUCAAGAUUUGCAAAAAACUUAUAACAACAUCAAAUCCGAGCUCGCCAGCAUCGAGAGACGUCGUAAAAAGUUACGACGACGCGAACGAGAAAACAAAAAGAAUGAAAAAGCAAAAGCAAGUAGUUAAAAAAAAUGCAAUUUCACGUCUCUGGCAGGCUCGACAGACACGAUUGUGAGGCAAUUUGUUUAAAUUUUUCAAAAGUUUUUUAGAUGUGACAUGAAAUUAGUUGGAAAUUUACUUUUCUUUUUAGUAUUAAUGAGAAUUUUAUAACAAAAAAAAAAUAAUGUUUAAGGCAUUUAACGUAUUUUGGCAUCAACUUAUGAGUUAAGGACCUUUUUUAAAAAUAGAAAUAAAAAGAAU